AUGGCCUCUUCACAGCCUGUCGAUGGUACUCGUGUAAUUUACUAUGUUGAUGAAGAGGAUACCCCCUAUCUUGUAAAGCUAAAUGCUCCAUCCGAUUCCGUCACACUUGGUGACUUCAAACUGGCUCUUAACAAGCCAAAUUGUAAAUAUUUCUUUAAGUCAAUCGACGAUGACUUCGGUGUUGUGAAAGAAGAGAUCACCGAGGACUCUGCUAAGCUUCCGUGUUUCAAUGGUCGCGUUAUUUCAUGGCUGGUGUCUGCCGACAAUUGCACCGGAAGCUCUGAAGGUGGUUCAGGACUGAAUGCUGCCAAGUUGGCGGCUCUUGCUGGGGCUCAGAUUGGCGACGGAACACAGCCUGUAGACAAGGGACGGUUCAGCGAAAAGAAGAUUAAUGGGACUACUAAAAAGCCUACUACUGAAUGUGACACCUGCACCGAAGAUACUGAAUCUGUUCAAAGCGGUGGUCAAGAUCACAUCGCACCCCUACGCAGUUUCCAUGACUACAAACAUGUUUUUGAUGAGAAACUUAUCCCAAUAACGUUAGUCGUGGCAAAGUGCUGGGACGCUAACCCUCGUGGUGGUUACUUCACCAUCCCUCGACAAGAACCCGUCCGUCCAAUCGACCCUCGGGCGUGGGUGCUUCACACGAACGCCAUGACGGCUGCCACUGGCAACCAGCCAGACCUGACGCGAACCAACGGCAACGCGGGCUCAGGCUCCUCUACAUCUUCCGGUGAGGACUCAGUUUCCACCCUCGGAAACCGAAGGGUGGGUGCUGCGGCCGCUUCAAGUAGCUCUCAGGGGUACAAUAUAGCCGCGAUGCUUACCCAGCAACAUCAACAGAAGCAGCCUCAACAGCAGCAAUCCAUCCUUCCUGUGUACCGGCCACCACCGCAGGCCUCCUCAUGCAUGUUGUCUGGCUUCCCAAAUCAGGUGAGUCAUCGUAACCAGGAGACCCUAAUGGAACAUAGAGGCAUCGUCGUCUUUAUGAUGCUCGGGCUUAAUCUAACCUGUCGUGUAUUUGGGAGCUCACAAAGCGUCGUGACGCUGUCAAGCUCCUUACCCGAGACCGACCGAUUCGGUCUUCCCACAGAGCCCCUGACAGUGGCAACCGACGUCAAAACUGUCAUUCAAGCUAUGAUGCAUCCUGACUCUGGUUUGGACGUCCGAGACCGCGUAUGGCUCAAAAUUACUCUUCCCAACGCCUUUAUAGGUUCUGAUCUCGUCGAUUGGCUCUACCGGAAUGUAGAGGGCUUCCCAGACAGACGUGAUAGCCGGAAAUACGCAGCGAAUCUUCUGAAAUUCGGUCUCAUUCGGCACACAGUUAACAAAUCGACGUUUUCUGAACAGUGCUACUACGUCUUCGGCGACAUAACUGGAAACUUCUCGUCUCUCAGCCUUGAAGAAGUAGACAGCGUAAGUGAAAUUGGCGCCCUGGCAGCUGCCCAACAGAACUGGAGUCACAGCACAGCCAGCACAAGCCUCACUGCUGGCGGGGGUGGGGGGGCCCCCGUCGCCAUCACAACCCAGCAGCAGCCGCCCCAACAACAGGCUGUCCCGGUUAGCAGUGGCGCCCAGUUCGGUGGUGCUCUCCCCUCCUCCUCUGUCUUCCAUCCCGGCCAGAAUGGAUAUAGGCUUUCAAAUAGCGGUCUAAUGGACAUGCCUUUACAGCAAAUGAUGUCUUCAGGUAGCAGCAGUAGUAGCAGUUCUUGUGAAAGUGCUACCGAAAAUACCCUUACCACAACCGAUAAAAUAGAUAUCAGUGGUAAUGUUAAUGGUCCAAGUCCCUUCCAUUCUGGAAACGCGCCUGGUUUUCGUGGCGCCCAACAAAUUUCUCAGUCGGCCCCACAGAAAAUGGAUCCUGCUUCUGGUGGUCAACAGCAGGCGACACCUCCAACUCACAAGAGUGGAGUUCGAAACAGAAGCAGCUCAAGUGGUACUAGUACGGAAGAUGAGGACGAUCAUGAUCCGGCACCGCUCGUUGUUCCCCAACCACUGCCAUCCAUUUUGCAGUCUGCACCUGGUCUCGUAAAGCCUCCACCCCCUCCCCGUGCUUCUCCCGCAACAUCAUCACUGUAUCUCAACUCAUAA